AUGAGUUCGUCAGGAUCGGAGACCGAUUCCGUGGCCUCGCGGCGGUCCAAGAAGCCCAAGUAUUCCAAGUUUACACAGCAGGAGCUUCCAGCAUGCAAGCCACUGCUGACUCCUGGGAUCGUCAUUGGCGCCUUCUCGCUUAUUGGCAUCGUCUUCGUCCCGAUAGGUCUCGCUUCGCUUUCUGCAUCACAGGACAUUGUUGAGUUGGUUGACCGAUAUGAUGCCGAGUGCAUAUCUGCGAACGACAAGGUCGGGUUCAUUCAGGAUACCAAGACAGAUAAAGCGUGCACAAGAAAGAUCACUGUGCCGAAACCAAUGAAAGGGCCAGUACACAUAUACUACCAGCUUGAAAACUUCUAUCAGAAUCAUCGCCGGUAUGUCAAGAGUCGAAACGACAAACAAUUGCGGAUGAAGGAUUCAGCGAGUGUUAUAACAAACUGUGAGCCUGAAGCCACCAGUCAAGACGGCGCUCCGAUUGUGCCCUGCGGUCUCAUUGCAUGGAGCUUGUUCAACGACACCUACUCAUUUUCUGUCAACAAGAAGGCCGUUGAAGUGAACAAGAAGAACAUAGCCUGGGACAGCGACAAGAACAAAAAGUUUGGCAGCGAUGUUUACCCCAGCAAUUUCCAGAAGGGCGGUCUAGUCGGUGGUGCUAAGCUCAACGAGAAAUUACCGUUGAGUGAGCAGGAGGACCUCAUAGUCUGGAUGAGAACCGCCGCACUCCCAACAUUCAGGAAGCUCUACGGAAGAAUCGAGACGGACAUCAUGGCGAGCGAUGAAAUCACGGUGGUGAUCCAGAACAACUACAACACGUACAGCUUCGGGGGGACGAAGGCGCUGGUCCUGUCCACCACGUCCUGGAUCGGCGGCAGGAACAACUUCAUCGGCGCCGCGUACGUGGCCAUCGGCGGCAUCUGCCUCUUCCUCGCCAUGGGCUUCGUCGUCCUCUACGUGCUCAAGCCAAGGACCCUUGGAGAUCCCGCGUACUUGUCAUGGAACAAAGAAAACCCAGACCAUCCAAACUGAAAGACUGCUAAGCCCACUGUGCAGAGUGCAUGUACCCAGGAAUUUGUC